AUGAUCACAAAUCGAUCAACUGGUCCCGCGGCGUAUCUCGCAGACUUGCUGGAGAGCCUAGGACAAGUGACGCUUGAGAAUGGAGGAACCUUCCUGAGCAAACUUCUUGAUCACCGUGCCGAUUUAGAAUAUUUAGACCUAUCCCACGCAAAUAACAACGUAUCCCUAGCCUAUAUCGACUUGGUGAAUGAAGUUAUGGAGGCCUAUAUCUAUUCGAAGCUCCCUGGUCAACAUGCCGACCGCAGUAUGCUCAGCCCGAUUGCCGCUUCUCCUGCCACUGAUCAGUUCUUGCAACUGCUAGAUCACGUAAAAACUCAGGUCCAUGAACGAGCCAUCAGUGCGGCGGUCUACCCAGCGACCGUCUUCCCUUACAAUCGAGCAGUGGACCGCACAAGGCAUCUGCUAGCUGUUAUGGGCACUAACUUGGCGGAUCCUCGUGUGGCAAUGGGAAAUUGCCAUCAGAUUAUCCGCAAGAGAUGGCCUAGCUAUCAGUCUUUCUCCAAUACGAAUCUUGCAAGUCUAGCAGAUCAAGUGCUACGACGCUCCAUCGCCACAGAGACUCUGGGAUUGCUAGAGGAGGAUUUGAUUGCCAUCACAGGCGAGCGCUUUGAGACGGAAAUUUACCAAUCCGCAUUUCCCCCUGGGUUCCCCUCCAAUUGUCCUCGCUAUCAAGGAGUGGCAUGCUAA